CUCGUCAACUAAUUUUCUUCACUCUCCACUUCAUAAUAUCAACUUCAUUCUAAACAAUUAGAAAGAACAAAUUAUACAUGUCUCCACAAACAUAAAGAAUAUUAGUUGUUUAAGGAAGAUAUAUUAUUUAGAAUAUUAAAUAUACCGGGAAAGUAAUUAUAUGUGUGUGAGCGGGUACCCAUGGGGCGGGUUUACCUAAACCCAAACCCAACCCGACCCGGUGAAUUGUGUAGCUGGUUUAAUUGUCAGCCGUGAGCUCGUUCCGAGCUCACCGUGGAUUAGUCUUGAUCAAUCAAUCGAUCGAGGAUACCACGUAAAAUCGUUGUCUCGUGUGUUGUUUCGUCUUCCACAUAAUCAAAUUCUACAUGGUAUCAGAGCGAAACUCGAUCCGAAUUAGGGUUAGAUUCAAUUUCUGUCUACCUCUCUGUUGCCGGUCUUUGUCAUGAGAUUCGUCACUGUGUCAGUCGAGGUCAUCAGUCCAACCUCUUCGUUGUCUUCCGGAUCCGUCCAAAAGAUCAUCGUCGUCCAGCAGUCUUGUUCAGCAAGCGUUCUUCCAUCUGGCAUCGAUGCUCCGUUCCGUUCGCAGGUCUCCUCCACCAGCCGACUUUCCUCUCUCCAUGUUGUCAAGUUCGGCGUUCCGUUCCGGGCCGAACGCGUCUCUAUCCCCAGUCAAGAUUCCUCGCUGCACGAAGCUUUCCUACCGUUGCCACUCUGUCCAGUCCAAAUUCUGUUUGGUUGAGGUUUCCGGCAAGCAGCUGCGGGAUCCAAGAGAUCAGGAGAUUCACAUAUGAGUCUGCUCGAUGCCACAGUCGUCGUCCAGAUGAGCAAUCGGUAGACGUUGUCGCCAAGUCACAAGCUUAGACCAGUCACGGUCGUUCGUCGCCUCAGUCAUCCGUGGCCUCAUCGUCACCGCCGUCUAUUCGUCAUCAUAACCGUCCACCAGUCAAGGGUUUUGAGUUACCUACGUCGGAUCUGUUGCCUCUCCGUGGUAGCAUCGACGCCAUCGAUUCAAGUCAAAUGUGUCCAAGUUUUCGGUGUCGUCCAGUUAGUUCUACCCAGCUAUCAAGUUCCCAAAGACCCUGCCCAGUAGAAACCCCAAUUAUGCUCUUCGAACAUCGAUUGUUGUUGUCGCUAGCUGCUUGUGAAGCUCAAAGUUCCGGCUAUAGUCCCAAUGUUUUGUCGAGAAGCAUUGUCAUCGUUGUAGCCCGGUCAUAUUCAUCAAGCACUCACGACCAGCCCUUUGGUCCGGUCGUCCAAAUCACUCUCGGAGAGGUGUUCACCAUAGUGGUAGUGGACUUUCGGCACCACUUACACUUGGAUUGAGAAGAGGAUAUCCAAAUAAAUGAAUAAUAUCAUUGUCC